AUGAACCCAGGGAGCAGGAAGAUCCAGAUCCGAAAUAUCCCCCCCCACCUGCAGUGGGAGGUGCUGGAUGGCCUGUUAGCUCAGUAUGGUACGGUGGAGAACGUAGAGCAAGUCAACACAGACACAGAAACAGCCGUUGUCAACGUAACAUAUGCAACUAAAGCAGAAGCAAAAGUAGCAAUUGAGAAGCUGAGCAACCACCAGUUUGAGAACUAUUCCUUCAAGAUUUCCUACAUCCCGGAUGAAGAGGUGAGCUCCCCUCCGCCCCUGCAGCGAUCCCGCCGCGCGGGCCACUCUUCCAGGGAGCGGGGCUCCUCCCCGGGGGGCUCCUCACAGCCCAAACAGCUCGAUUUCCCACUGCGGAUGCUGGUGCCCACGCAGUUUGUUGGUGCGAUCAUAGGAAAGGAGGGCUUGACCAUAAAGAACCUUACUAAGCAAACCCAGUCCAAAGUUGACAUUCAUCGGAAGGAGAAUGCUGGCGCUGCCGAAAAGCCCAUCACCAUCCAUGCUACACCAGAGGGGUGCUCGGAAGCGUGUCGCAUGAUCCUUGAUAUCAUGCAGAAGGAGGCUGAUGAAACUAAAUCAGCAGAAGAGAUUCCCUUGAAAAUCCUAGCACACAACAGUCUGGUGGGGAGGUUGAUUGGCAAGGAGGGCCGCAACCUCAAGAAGAUCGAGCAGGACACGGGCACGAAGAUCACCAUCUCCCCUUUGCAGGAUUUAACCAUUUAUAACCCUGAGCGGACCAUCACAGUGAAGGGCAGCACGGAGGCAUGCUCCAAUGCCGAAGUGGAGAUAAUGAAGAAGUUGCGAGAGGCCUACGAGAACGAUGUGGUGGCCGUCAAUCAACAAGCCAACCUGAUCCCAGGACUGAACCUCAGUGCUUUGGGCAUCUUCUCAACGGGGCUGUCCAUGCUCCCAUCCACCCCGGGGGCCCGAGGGCCUGCCGCGGCUGCCCCGUACCACCCAUUUGCACAGCAGAGCAGUCGGAGGAGAACGAGCUCCUCGACAUACCUCUCGGGUCUGUACGGAGCCCCCCCAGUCGGCACCUUCCCCCAUCAGCACCCUCUGCCGGAGCAGGAGAUUGUGAACUUGUUCAUCCCGACGCAGGCGGUGGGGGCCAUCAUCGGGAAGAAGGGGCAGCACAUCAAGCAGCUGGCACGGUUUGCCGGCGCCUCCAUCAAGAUUGCCCCGGCAGAAGGUCCUGACAUCAGCGAGCGGAUGGUCAUUAUCACGGGGCCGCCCGAGGCUCAGUUCAAGGCACAGGGGCGAAUAUUUGGGAAGCUGAAAGAGGAAAACUUCUUUAACCCAAAAGAAGAAGUGAAGCUUGAAGCCCACAUCAAGGUGCCUUCCUUCGCCGCCGGCCGCGUGAUAGGCAAAGGUGGCAAGACGGUGAACGAACUGCAAAAUUUAACUAGUGCAGAAGUCAUUGUGCCACGAGACCAAACCCCAGACGAGAACAAGGAGGUCAUCGUUAAAAUCAUUGGGCAUUUCUUUGCCAGUCAGACUGCACAGCGCAAGAUCAGGGAAAUCGUACAGCAGGUGAAGCAGCAGGAGCUGAAGCACGCUCAGGGAGCCCUGGCCUUGCAGCGCAGCAAGUGA